UUUUUGCAGUGAAAAAGUUUGAGAUGGAACUGGACAGAGAUUACUCAAAAUAAAAAAAGAUGAUUCUUCGUUCUUUGGCGAACAAUUCGAAGUCUUUGAAAUAGCUAUGGCUGCAGUAGAUACAGGGCUUCUUACUGAGCUUGGUGAGUUGAUCGAAGAUCUAACUACUACCGGGAAACCGACUCUAGACGAAAACCAUAUGAAAAAAUUGAAAUCAAUAUGUAAGAAGUCAGAAUUGUACGUAGAACACGCAUAUCACAACCUGUUAACACAGUUAAAGAAAGACCACGCCGAAAUAAGAUUGUCUUGCCUGCAAAUCAUACGGGAAUUAUUCGGGAGAUCGCACAGAUUCAGAGAGCUCUUAUUGGAAGAGUUCCAGGUCUUUCUUGAGCUGGUUGUUGGUACAAAUUGCGAUGAGCCACUACCGCCUCCUGAUUGUUCAGCUAAAGUUCUCAAAGAAACAGCUAUUAAUUUGAUAGAAUGCUGGCAGCAAAAAUACGGUCCACAUUACAAGAAACUCGACCUUGGUUAUAGAUACUUGAAGAGGAUUAAGCAUGUGAGUUUUGAUCAAAUCAGAGAGAGGGCUUCCGCACAGCUACAAAUAGAAAGGGAGAGGGAAAGAAGGAAACAAGAUCUUCUUAUGAAAAAGUUAGGAAACACAAUGAUCGAGAUAGCAGAUCACACAGAGGAUAUGGAGCUUUGUGUUACCGAAGUGAAUAGCUGCUUUAAGUUGCUGCUGCCACGUCCUGAAGAAUACGAGGUCCACUUGAGGGAGGGUGAUGGUGUGGUCCACUUGAGGGAGGGUGAUGGUGUGGUCCACUUGAGGGAGGGUGAUGGUGUGGAAACACCAACCAAUAAAAUAAAUGAAGGGACAUUGAAUGAUAUUACUACCAAAGAAACAGCCUCUGGAAACCCUAACGUGACAGAAAUAGGGAUAUCCAGUCUAGCAACAGAAAAUCCACACCCAACAAACAAUCAUAACAACCAAGAAGGACAUGGAAAGAAAGGUGGAGAUGGUUGCCUUGAUGACAAGAGCAAUAAACAAACUGAGGGACAGGGUAAAAGGGACAUUGAUGUUUUGCCUGGAUAUUGUGAUGAUGGUAAUGAUGAUGACGAUGAUGAUUAUGCUGCUGCUGAUGAUGAUAAUGAAAUUGGUUUUGAUGAUUAUGAUAAUAAUGAUGUCAUACACCAUCAUGGUCUGGGAUCUCAUUCCUAUCAAAUAGAAAUAGAGUUUAGUGAUAUGGUACCAAAAGUUAUUGAAAGUGAGGACAAUAGAGUUAUUCUAGAUACUCUAAAAGAGAUGAACAGACAAAUCUGUCACAAACAUCUUCCUAUGGUCGACAAGUGGCUCAAAGUUAUGAGCAAAGCGGGCCAACAACAAAAUGAGAUCAAGAAAAUUAUAGACUUGAAACAAAAAUUGGUAAAAGCUAAGACAAAGUUUGAAGAGCUUGCUAUUGAACCUUCCAAAAAACAUAGAAAUGAGGCCAGUGGAUCCAAAACUACAAGAAAUGUGAGUGAGGACAGUGAUAAUGAGUUUGAAGAUGUCCCUGAGAAAGAGGGAGUUGAAUAUAUUCCUGUGAACAAAAGAGCAGAAUAUGGUCUAGACACUUUAGAACUGAGUAGGGAGGAUGGUCAAGACCUCAGUGAGAGAAGUCGAGCUAUAUCAGAAGAGGAAUCAUUUCUUAGAGCCAAUGGGUACACAUUACAAGAUGCAGAGGACCCCACUUCGCUUGCAUGUGCUUUGCUGGAGUCUAGAAGACAGUAUAUCAUGUCUCAGCCAUGCUCAAGUAGAGUUGGUGCCAGUGUAGCGAUGGUGGACAAAACACCAGAGGUCAGCAUAUCCCAAGUAGAUGGUAAGAAGAAAAAGCACCUUGAAGUCGCUCCUGUAGUACCAUUUGACAUGGAUCUCUACUACUGGGAAAAGGCAGAUUUUGAAGCACCAAAGAUAAUCCGAUCAGAGAACUUCAAUAACAAUUGGGCUUCAAAAGAUUUUGAGGCAGAGCAGGUAUUUGAAGGUGACAAGGGCUCAUUGUUGAGGAGAACUAUGGCAUUCACUGGGAAAUUUGAGCCGGUUAAAUGGUCAUGUCGGGCUCCUCUACCAAAUGGUAAACUUUGCCCAAGACGAGACCGUGUAAAGUGCCCUUUCCAUGGAAAGAUCAUACCGAGAGACGAACAGGGUAAACCGACAGGGGAUCACACUAACCAAGCCGGGUCCUCCAAUACAAAAACUACAGCUACAAGAAAUUCAUCAGCAGCUGAAGAAUGGAGAGAAAUUCAGCCAGAAAUUGAAGCAGCCACUGGGUUUGAUCUUGGUGGUAAGGGUAAAGGAAAGGGAAGAAAAAGAAAUGAAUCUGACAAUAAGGGAUUGUCCAAAAAACAGAAAUAUGGUCGUUUGACAGACCUCAACAAACAGACCAACACAGCUCGUAGUCGGCUGGAGGGCAAAGUGUUAAGCCGCAAAGCAGUCAAGCGAGUUACGCAGGAAAUGGACUCAUUGGCGACCAAGCGGAUUAAUGACAAGUUUGGGGAUCAAUUUAAUUAUCAAUUGCAAAAAUAGAUGUGAAUAUUGAAUAUGAUUUGUACUGAACCUGACAUGAUGACUGCUUUAUAUAGCUCAUGCUGAAGCUAUUAGACUAUUCUAUUACAAUUAGACUACGAGUUCGAGUUUUCUAUGAGUAAUAGAUAGUCAAAUUGACUAUUUGACUCAUAGAAAACGAGAACGAGUAGUCUACGAGUAGUAUAAAUCCACUCACAUACUACCUUCAAGUAAAUUACGAUUAUACUACUUCUCAGUAAUAAAUAAUAUGUCUUCAUAUCAAGUAUAAUAUUCAGAAAAUACUUCAAACUAAAUCAUCAAUCGGUAAGAAAUUUUAAUUUCUUACCGAUUGAUGACGUGUUUAAAAACACGUCACGAAUAACUAAAAAAAAAGCCCAGUACGCGUCUAUACUUCAGACUAAAUCAUCAAUGGGUAAGAAAUUAAACACGUCACGAAUAACUAAAAAAAA